CCCUUUCUGUUCGUAUAGUCGGCACACGUUGGGAUGGGGGGGCUGGGGUUCUGUCUCAUCGACUGUCCUUAUCUGUUGGCUUUCAAGGAAUUUCAAGCCAAUAAAUGGACACCGCAGCGUCUUAGCGACGGCGGUUGUUUUUCCACCAUGUGUUUUUUUUGACAGCCCGUGACGGCGAAACUGGCCUGUCUCCGCCUCACUGACGGAAGCAGACACCACGGCGUCAGUACUACAGCAGCUUCGUGUCGAACUGACAGCUAAGUUUGAACUUUGGGCUAGUUGAACAACACGGUGGGCAGCUGUAUCGCCGGGUGAACCUCCACGCUACCGGGGGAGCUUUUUGUUAGCCGACUGUCUCGAAGGAGGAAACCCGGGACCGUAUCAAGAUGGUGACUUUGCCAUCAGUAAUUCGACCUCUGGCAUCUCAGCUUCACCGACGGCUCUUCAGACGCUCCGGCACGAGUCAGUGGCUCACCCCAGUCCGCGAAUGCAACCUGACGGCGUGCUCCAGCAGAUUUGUGCUGUCGCAAAUGCAUCCCAUGUGGCAGGGACCACUCGCAAUUCCAGGAGGUGAUCGCCAGUCUCCGAUUGAUAUUGUUGUCCGCAAGACCGUCUUUGAUUCCCAACUGAAACCUUUGAUCGCUAACUAUGACCCAACAACAUGCCAGCAAAUCUGGAAUAAUGGAUACUCUUUCCUGGUUGAAUAUGAUGACACUACGGACAAGUCAACUUUGAAAGGGGGCCCUUUGCAAGACAAAUUUCGGCUCUGCCAGUUCCACUUCCACUGGGGUGAGAGUAACGCCUGGGGGUCAGAGCACACCGUGGACAGGAGGUUAUUUCCUGCAGAGCUUCACUUGGUCCACUGGAACUCGGAUAAGUACAGUCUGUUUGAGGAGGCAGUGAUGGAGGACAAUGGCCUCGGUGUCAUUGGAGUUUUUCUCAAGGUGGGGAAGAGACACGAGGGCCUGCAAAAACUGGUAGACGCUCUCCCUGCCAUCAGACACAAGGGAAGUGUGAUGGAAUUUACAAAAUUUGACGCUGGCUGUCUAUUGCCGAACAACACGGAGGAUUACUGGACGUACCACGGCUCUCUUACAACACCUCCCCUGACUGAGUCUGUCACCUGGAUCGUCAUGAAGCAGCCCAUCGAAGUUAGCCAUGAUCAGCUGGCUGUCUUCCGGAGCCUUCUGUUCACCUCAGCCGAGGAGGAGGUCCAGAGGAGCAUGGUGAACAACUUCCGCGUGCAGCAGCCUCUGCGAGGUCGCACCGUGCGCUCGUCCUUCAGUCCCUUCUUAAAGGAGUCGCUGUGUGAGCAAGAUGACCAACACACCCACUGAUGCCACCAAGUGCAGAAUUUGUAUCCUGUUACAGUCGGUGCACCGAAACAAACUAAUUUUCUCAAACAAAUACAUUUAAAGUACAAUCAUUUUCUCAUUCACAUUUUUUUUUCAACUACAGACUAUAUGAGAGAAUGUGAGCAAAGUUUUGUUUUUAGGGUAAUUUGAAAAAUGUCAUUGACAUUUUGGCUAUUGGUUUUACAAACUAAUAACUGGUGAGUUCCUUAUGAAAUCAUGUAAUUGAACAGAUUUGUAUUCACGUAAAGUAUAUUUAUUGUAAAUUGACACAUGUUUUUAUAGUGAAAGUUUUUUUUUUUUUUUUAUCACUGAGCAGCUGAGAGUGAAUAUUGGAGCUGCUGGUGGAGACUCAGUAGCUUUAUGUGCUGGCCACAGGCAAUAUAAUUGUAAAUAAAUACCACCUUUUUGAACAACAAUUAGAUCCAGAACACUGAUAUACAUUACAUCAAUAUCUGUAACAAGCAUACCACACACAAACGAAAGUUCUAAAGCAACAUUACACUGUGAUGUAUUCACACACGCGGACACUUUUAUCAUGAAAAGUUUAGCCCGUAUAGUGCCUUGGAGUCUGUUAUACGGAGUUCGACAGUUUAAUGUCGGAGAGGGACUCAAUUGCCCAUUUUAUUGUGGGAUGAUGGGGGGUUGGGGUGUGGGAAAGUGAUCGCCACAGUGGUUUGAAAUGACCUUUAAUUGUUCACAACCUUUGUGUCUUCUGGCGCCUUCAUUGUUUUAGUUUACACCACUCAAGACCUGCCCAAGUGUUGUUCGAAAAAAAGAAUACUGCUUCCUCCUGUAGUUAUCUUGUUGUUCUUUGGUGAGCUGGACCAUUCAUUUGAAAGAAUUCAAGCUACAGAACUUUCGUUCGUACAGCUGUGCCUUGAGGGGUCAAUCUUACUGAGAUCCAGGACCGCUUUUGAGUUGGAAAAUAUACACCACCAUAGGAAUGCAGAUUUAAAAUGCGGGACAGUGGAGAUUAGGGACGAGGGGACAGAAGAUUGACAGUGUAGAAAACUGUUCCUUUUGGUGCUCUUCAUGGAAAAGAAUGUACUUGAAGAGGGUAUCUGAGUAUGAUCAUAAGUGUUGGUUGCUAUUCAUAGUCUGGUGGAAUGAAGAAGGGCUGAGAGUUCACGGUUGUCAUUCUAAUCCCAAUGCAACAAUUUUACUGUCCGAACAGACCCUCAAACCCCCGACCCCACCCCCUGAUGCCUUGAAGUAACCAUUUCUCCCACGACCCCAGGUUCUGACGCUCAUCCAUCGCCCCAGUAGGUCCUUGUUGGGGCUCAUACGGACUGGGUGUUUAGUGAAAAGAGACCGUUGGCACCUGAAAAUUAUUUCAAUAAAUUGUGACGUAUACACACUGACCUACUGUAGAUGAGUGGCUCAUGGGGGGAGGUCGUCUGUUUUCACAUUGUUUGCAGGAUACAAAUUUAUGGAAUUUCGAUAGGUAUAUCAAAACCUUUGGUGGCCAUUUUAUUGUUUGUGGUUUUCCGUCAAAUGCAAUACAAUGCCUUCAUCAUCUCAUGUUUCACCGAUGCAUUUAUCGGGCUGCACGUUAUCUGCCUUCAUGUAUCUUGGCAUUUUAGGAUACGAAACUCUAUUUGAUGCCUAUCGAAAUGCUAAUAAUAGAAACACGAUCUAUACAAUGUUUAAUGUAAAUUGCUGUUAAAACGGCCACUUAUGUUGCUUUUAACAUUUAUUCAAUGAUUUCAAUGUAUGGAUUUUUGUCUCCGAGGACCUUCAGUGUAUCAGCAUCUCUCUUCUUGCGACUCUUUGGGAUUGGUAUUGACAAAUCUGACAUUUUAAAGCUAAAAUGCUGUGUUUUUUUUUUUUUUUUAAAUCAAUUGCUUUCAUUAUGAUAUACUCUUUGUUUUCAUGAUGCCUUUUGCAAGCUAUGUUGUUUUUUCAGUCUGAGGAUCAAGGGAAUGUCCGUCAUGAUUUAUAUUGUACACUUUGUAUAUUCACUACAUAUUAUUGGUGCUUAUUUGUCAGUCAAUAUUCCUGGACAGCGGAGACUCAUCGAGGGCUCUUCUUUCCCAGCAUGCCUUGCAACCAGGAAGAGCUUUGCUCCUCCAGACCCUUGCUUUCAGGGGAAUGUAUUGAUUGUGCACAUGGAGAAGGAUGGAAAACUGACAUUCAUUCAUAUCAUAACAAUACAUUUAUGUUAAA